AUGGCUCUGACAUCCGCGGCCGGUUUGGUCUCGUUGCUGGACGACAAGGGAACAGAUGUCAAGGCUUUUGCUUUGAAACGCUUGAAUGAGCUAGUUGACCAAUUUUGGGCUGAAAUCUCCGAAUCUGUUAAUAAGAUUGAGAUAUUGCACGAGGAUUCCACUUUUCCACAUAACAAAUUGGCUGCUCUUUUGGCUUCGAAAGUCUAUUAUCAUCUGGCAGAAUAUGAGGAUGCAUUACAUUUCGCUUUGUGCGCUGAGGAGCUUUUUGACACAAAUGCCUCCUCCGAAUUUGUGGAAACUAUCAUAUCAAAGUGCAUUGAUAAAUACACUGAGCUACGCGUAGCUCAAGAUUUGGCUGCGGAUGGUUUGACUGGCACUUUAUCGCGUCAAGAUUCCACCGGGGAUCGAACAUGGGCUGCGAACAGUGCGACUUAUAAGCGCCUCGAAUUGGUGGUCGAUAAAAUGUUCGAUCGUUGUUUUGAACAUAAGCAGUACAAACAAGCUCUGGGGAUUGCGAUAGAAACCCGCAGGUAA